AUGAAUCCUCUGACACAGAUUGAGCGUGGUAAGUUAAUUUUGUUUGUGUUGGUUUUGUUUUUAGACUUUCGAAGAACGAAAAUGCGUUUGCGGCUUAUGACCUAAAAUAAGGUCAGAAAUUUUUUUAAAAUGGUCAAUCUUUUCGGCAAAUGCAACAAUGAGGCUAUGAUUGGCCUAACAAAAAUAUUUUUUGCCGUUUUUACCAAGGCCGGCUGAUUUCAUGUUAGAAUUCGACAAUUUUUCUUUGCUGAAUGGGAAAAUUGCUGUAUCUUUGUCAUGAGACAGUAUUUUCACGGGGUUUUUUGCAUAGAGUUGAGUGAGAGUGUCAUGAAAGUUGGCUUAAAAUUUGGGUUUUCAAAGAAACACGCCAACAUUGUUUUAGACGAUUUUCUUGACAUUGUUUUUGAUGGUGUUGGCCAUAUUCCAUUUUUGAUGUUUUAGGCGGUUAUUUCUCAGUUUUAUAGACGAAACUUGAUAUUUUUCGAGAGGUUAUGACUUCAGCUUUGUGGAAGAAUAAAAAUACAAAAAAUUAAAUUGCAGAGGAUUUUGUAAAUCCGUUAUUUUCUGUCACUCUUUCAUGAGCAAAGUAAAAAAAUUAUUUCUCAUUCUUCCAGCCCUCCAAAGCUCCAAUCUUUCCGAUCAUCUGUCCGCAAUAGCCCAAUGUUCCAAAGCCAUCCGCGAGAAUCCGUUUCCCCUUUUCGUCAACGCUCUUCUUCUCCGUUUGGCCGACACCUUCAAUGGCGAAAAGUUGACCAAAAUGGAUCAUUCCCUGAACCUGAUCCGCUUGCGGAUUGUGAAGCUGUUAAGAGAAUGUGGCAUGGAUCUGGCCGUUGUGUUCUCCAAGGACGAGAUUGUCCGCCGAGUGAUGAAGGUUUCCCAUUCCAAUGACUACAAAUCCCGCGCUUUGACCAUGUUGUUCUUCGCGGCUGCCGCUCCAAUUGUGCAUUCGAAUAAGAAAGUGGGUGGAAAUACGAUUACUAUUCUUGAAUUUCAUUUUAGCGAUCUUUUUUUGCUUUUUCAUAAAAAAAAUUUUUUUUGGAAAAUUUUUUUUUUUGAAAUUUUUUUCAUGUGUAAUAUCAAGUGUUUAGACUGUAAAAUAAUUCAAAAUGUUCUAGGUGCAUCAUUUGCUCGUUGAAGGCGCUGAUUGCACUGAUCUCACCGAACUUACCGCUGCCAUUGUAUCAGUUGGUCAUCUCGGGAAAUUUUCGGCGUAAGUGGAUCAAAAAGUUACCGAAUGGGGUAUUUUACAUUACAAUGGAUCGCAUUUGACCUUUUGCACAUUUGAGUUUUUUCUAAUUUUUUGGUUUUCAAAUGUUUUCGAUAGAUUUUUUUGACCUUUCUCUGGGUCCCGCCACGAAAAUCUGAAACAAUUUAAUUUUGUGAAAUUGUAAGUUCUACUUGUCUGGUUGACUCUACUUUUGUGUUUUUACUGCCAUAGGGCAUUUUACUCAUGAUUUUCAAAAAUUGGGUCCCGCCACGAAACCCUGAAAUCUUCCAAUUUCAGUGAAUUUUCGUCGCUGAUUGUCGAGAAAAUCGGCGAAAUGGUGUCAGAAACCCAAACCGAGGAGAGCUUGAAGGUUCGCCUCAUGGACGACCUCUCAUUGUUCCAAGAAAAUGUUAUGGUCACGAAGCAGUGCAUGGAACUCGGAAGGUCAUUACUGCGCAACAAUCCGGACCAAAAGGUCAGCCUGGUUGUAUUAAAUGCACUCACGGAGCUGGCGAAGAGAAAUGGACUGGCAUUGAAUGAGCAGGUGGGAGAUUUUGGCGAUUUUUUUGGAAAAAUUGGUUUUUGAAGGGUGUAAAAUUUUAAAAUUGUUGUAUCUUGAGGAUUACUGUAGUAUAAGCUUGGAAAUUUUUACUGAGACUGUGAGGAGGUGUAAAAUUUGUCUUGGCCAAGUUUUGUCGAAGUUUGAGUCUUACGGUAGUUUUUAUGGGAUACUGUCGGAUUAACACAACAUAUGGUCUAAAUUAAUAUAAAUCAUUUCAGAUCGACCUCCUUCUCACUGAGAUGCCCCAAUUCCUCAAAAGUCGCCAUUUCACCCGCUCUUUCCUGUCCAACUUGGCCCGACUAGCCGAUUAUCCGCAGCAUUGGACAACAAAUCAAGUGCAAAUGUUGCAAAGAAUCCUCCCGUUCUUGAUAGAUUCUGAAUUCCCAGAGAACUUAGUGCUAUGGCUGGAUUGUAUGAAUGUUUUGGCACAAAGGAUCCACUCCACAGCGAUUUCGGGUGAGAUUUUUUUUGUUUUUUUUUUGAAAAUUUAGGUCUUACCACGAAAGAUUGAGAAUCAGGGAAGCCAAAAAUUUUGGUUUUAGAGCGGAGUGUAAGUUUCUAAAAGUGUAAUAUUCGAGUUUAAAUACGUUACAUUUUUUACAGUAAUAUUUUUGGGUCCCACCACGAAAACUUUGAAAAUCAGAAACGCUUCGAAAUUCAAUGAAAUCACGGUAAAUUGUUGUAGAUUCGAUCCCAGCGCUCAUGGAACUCCUCAAUAACUCCAAAUUUAUCAUCAGAAUCCGCACAUUACAACUUCUCCUUACACUAGCCGGAAAAACCUCAUUGCCGGCCGAGAAAUUGGCCACAGUUGAGGAAAUAAAGCCUCUUCUGGGCUCAGAAAUCAUUAAUUUGAUGGAAGAAAUUUCGGAAUCGCCAAGAAUUACGCGAAAAAUGGAAAAAGUCCGGUUCUUCAAGAGUAUCGUCAAGUUGAUGCGAAAUGGGACCUGUUCCAGCUACGGAUUGGACGAAAUGUCGAUUAUUGAAGUGUUACAGAGGGUAGGGAUGGGUUUUAUAAAGAAAAAUUUUGCUUGCCGAAAAAAUAUGAUUGCACUGUGCAAAGAAAAUAAAUGGGGAAAUAUGCACUGUGCGGUCGAAAUUGUCACGAAUUUUUGGGAUCGCACUGUGCAAUGGAUUGAAAGAUGGGAAAGGUUGUGAUGCACAGUGCAGACGAUUUUUUUUAUAAAUUUUGGGAUUGCACAGUGCGAAUGGUUGUUUGAUGCACAGUGCAAACGAUUUUUUAUAGAUUCUCGGUUUGCACUGUGCAAUGGAUCGAAAGAGAGGAAUUGAUGUGAUGCACAGUGCAAACGAUUUUUUUUAUAAAUUGUUGGACAGCACCGUGCAAAAAAUUGUGAUCGCACUGUGCGGUGCAAAAUUUGUGAUUGCACUGUGCGGUCGAAAUUGUUACGAUUUUUUUUGAAUCGCACUGUGCAAUGGAUCGAAAGAGGGGAAGGAAUGUGAUGCACAGUGCAGACGAUUUUUUUUAUAAAUUUUAGGAUUGCACCGUGCAAAAAAUUGUGCACUGUGCGUUCGAUUUGUCGCGAAUUUUUUGGAUUGCACUGUGCAGUGGAUCGAAGGAGAGGAAGGGAUGUGAUGCACAGUGCAGACGAUUUUUUUUAUAAAUUCUUGAAGUGCACUGUGCAAAAAAUUGUGAACGCACUGUGCGGUCGAAAUUGUUACGGAUUUUUAUGAUCGCACUGUGCAAUGGAUCGAAGGAGAGGAAGAGAUGUGGGGCACAGUGCAGUCGAUUUUUUUAUAAAUUGUUGGGUUGCACCGUGCAAAAUUUGUGAUCGCACUGUGCGUUUCGAUUUGUCGCGGAUCUUUUGGAUCGCACUGUGCAAUGGAUCAAAAGAGAUGAAGGAAUGUGGUGCACAGUGCAAACGAUUUUUUUUAUAAAUUGUUGGAUUGCACUGUGCAAAAAAAUUGUGAACGCACUGUGCGGUCGAAAUUGUUACGGAUUUUUAUGAUCGCACUGUGCAAUGGAUCGAAGGAGAGGGAAAGCUGUGAUGCACAGUGCAAAACGUUCAGGUGUGCACAGUGCAGACGAUUUUUUUUAUAAAUUGUUGGUUUGCACUGUGCAAAAAAAAUUUGAACGCACAGUGCGAAGAUAAAAAAAACUUUUGCAUUCUGCAAAUUUUUGUGAUUUUUUUUUUGUUUUUAGGCCGUCGAGUCCCGUCACCCAGAAUACUAUCGACAGACCCUCGAGACAUUGAACGCCAUCGCCGAUGCCAUCCCAGCAACGGCCACGGAACUGUCCGAAUGGGCCUUGGAACGUCUCGGGGCAACACAAGAGGGCCAAUUUCACACUCAAUCGGACUUACUUUACAAUUUGGCUUUAUUGCCCAUCAAGGAAAACCAGGAAAAAAUUUUGGAGCUGACCGAGAAAAUUGUGAAUGAAGUGAGAAGCAAUGAAGAACACACCUGGUUCGCCUAUAAAUUUGCCCGGACCGGGUUCAGAUACGGCCAUUGGAGCGAAGUGGCGUUGCCAACACUGGAAUUAAUGCAGGAAAAGGUGAGAAUUUUGCUUGAACUGUCUUUUUGGCGGGAUUUUACAAGUUCUACGUCGGUUUUGAAAGAAUUUGGCGACUUCCCCUGAUCUUCAGGGUUUUCGUGGUGGGACCCAAGGGUUCAUUUUUUAGUAUUAAUGACUUUUUGAUAACUGAAAACGUGUUUUAGAACUGAUUCUAGACAUUUUACGAUUUUUCAAACAUUUUGGCAUUUGUCCUGAUCUUCAGAGUUUUCGUGGUAGGACCAAAAAAAUUAAUUUUUUUUUACUAAUUUGGUACAGGGUGCGGCAAAAAAAUGGAAACUUUUUUCAUUGGGUCCUGACGCAAAAAUUUUUAAGUGCAGCAAAAUUAUUUUCGUACCAUUAAAUUCUACGUAGCUUUCUCUCCUAUACCUUAUAAUUUCAUGUCCAUAUCGGUUUAUUAACAUUAUUUUUUUGAAUGACAAACAGAGGGACCUCGAUUUCGGACCUGUUUUUUUACCUGUGCGAACUGUUAAUUUGCCCGGCAUAGAAAGCACGUUGUGUCCAAAGUAAUCACACAAUGCAGGGAGCUUUUUGACAAUUUUAAGCGUCCAGUAAGCGAAAGAAAACGCACCGCCAACACUUCUGCUAGCCGCGGAGUCAUCAAUAGCGAAAUCCGUCGAUUUCGAGAAAAAAUUGCCCGUGAGACCGGCAUCAGCGACCGACCAGUCGGCCAAAUAGCUAAAAAUCAACUCAAAGUCUCCCAACGCAAGCUAUGAAAUGCCCAACUCCUAAUCGGCAAGAUCAAGCCCGUACGCCUGAAAAAAUGCCAAAAAUUCCGACGUCGGGCCGCAGGUCCGCGAUGGGAGCGCAUUCCCUUCGCGGUGCAAUCUUUGGCGGGUGCACAACCAACAGAACGUCAUAGUCCAAUCCGAUGAGGCGCCCUGCAUGUCGGCUAACGACGAACACCGUCAAAAUAAAGGCCGUCAUCGCCUAAGGGGGAAUUUGUGCCAGCGGCAAGAAUUCCGAGAUUUUCGUGGAUCAAGCGGGCAAAAUUCUAGCGUCGCGUUAACUUCGAUGUCCUCAUGCUUCUGUUGGCUCAGUAGAACCUUGGCAGCGCAAAUUUGAGGUUCCAACUAGACUCAGCGCCGACUCACAGGGCAACAACGCGUCAAGACCGAUUUUGAGACCGAUUUUCCCAAUUUCACCCCGUCUGCGAAAAGAGCGCCUGCUCGCCGGGUGUAGAUCCAAUGGACUGUAAUUUUUUUUCAAUUGGAGGCCAGCAUCUGUACUACACGCCACAAAAGUUUGGAGUCGCAAAGUAAUCGCUGCGUCAAGAACGGGACCGAUUUCCCCGAAAAAAGCUGCGGCCAAAAGGCCAAAAUUUUAAGUCACGUUUGGAGCUCUAUAUCGCCUCCAAAAGCAGCCACGGUAAAACGGGUUUAAUAUGUUAUAAACAAUGCUCUAUCUUAUUGAAGAUGACCGUUACUUUUGCGGAAUUUGGAUUGCUAGGAAAAAUAUAGCUAUAAAAAUAAGUUUCCAUUUUUUUGCCGCACCCUGUAUAAUAGUUAGUGUUAAAAGCACCUCUAUCGAAUUUUAAAAUUGUUUUGAGAUUUUGGCUACUUUCCCUGAUCUUCAGGGUCUUCGUGGUGGGACUCAAAAAAUCACCAAUUUUCACAAAAAAUUUUUACAGUGUCAAACCGUGGAGAGUUCAGCGUUCAUUUCGGCCCUAAUCAACAUUGCUGGAGCCCAAUUACCCUCUAAAAUCGACGUACAAUCCCUGAAAAAUGCGCGACAAACCCUCAGACACGCACUACUUUUGCUUACCGUAAGUUGUAAGAAAAAUUUUCAGUUUUUUGAAUUUAGCCUUUGGCCAAGAACUCGCGGAACACCCAUUGUUUCACAUUCCCUGCGGCCUACAUCGACGCGGUCUACCGAUUGUUCGGAGCAACGAAUACUGUUUUGGUCGCCAUGAACACAUUAUUGGAAUCGAACCCUGAAACGUUUGGCAUUGCACAUAUUGAAUAUGUCCUACCUGAUGUGAGUUUAGGCUGAGAUGGAGUUACUAACAGCGGGUGUAAUUUUUGGGAGUUUGGAAAAAAAAUUUAUAUUGUACUAGGUAUUUGAUGUAAAAAUUUUGGCGUUUUUUGAAUUUUUUAAGAAUUAUUUAUGCUUUUGAAACAGCUAUGUGAGUUUGUGAACAUUUUGUGUAAGCUUGCGAUAAAUUUGUUGGUCUAUAAACGGUGUUUUUCCAUGAGAGAAACACUUGACUCAAUAAAUGGAAGAGUUGACUCAAAAGAAAAGCUUUUGAAAAAUCAAUAUAAAAGCUUUUGUUGGCGUAGUUUGCAAUGUUUUAUUUUUGUUUUCUUGGAGAGAAAGAGUUGGCACAAAAAUUCACGAAUGGGUCAAGUGUCUCUUUCAAAGAAGAAAAGACUGCUCCAAGUUAUAAAAUGAAAUUUUAGAUUGAGCAAGCUCGCGAAGAGUUUAUUGAAGUCCGCGAGGCCUGGGUGCAACUUUAUCAACGCUCGUUUGACGCGGAUUCCAACACUCUAAACCAACUCGAACUCAUGAAUAGACACGCUCAACUUUGUGAACUUUUAUUGGACCGAUUGUACUCUCAAGAGCUUACGUAAGUAGUAGGGAGAGUUUAUAGAAGAUUUGUAGGAAAAAAUAAUUGUUUCUGGACUGUUUAUCGACGAGAGAAACACUUGGCUCAAUUUGGGUCAAGUGUUCCUCUCGGUGCCUAAGGGUUGGGAAAGCUGUGUUAUAAUUGUUGUAUUUCUCGAGAAUGAUUUGUAAGGUCUAAUAAUAUUGUUUUCAGGCCGAUCGCUCAAUUCCCCAGAUGCGCCGAAAAUUGCACAAACGCUCAACUGGAACACCUGCUCGAUUGGGCAAUAACCAAGGCCAAUCAAUGUUUUGUGCCGGUAACUGGAUCAAUAAGUCAAAGGCUGAGCGCUUGGGCAUCGGUGAGUGUGAUUUGUGAGGGUUUUGGGUUGUUGAUUUUGUGCCACGGUGCAAUUUUUGGGUCCCACCACGAAAACCUGAGGAUUGAGAAUUUGGCAAAGAUUGCGUUUGAAAUCGACGAAUUAAUAAUCAAGAGAGAUUUUAAGGGAAUUCUGAAUGAUUUUAGAAUAUAUUUGGGGAAAAAAAUUGGUUUUUUAUUUGAAAUUUGAGAAAUUAUUGCAAAAUUCCUUUAAAUUGCGGUUUUUUAAAUUUUUGCCUUCAGAAUCUCCAAGUUUUUGACGAAAUCUUUGGCCGACUGGCCAUCCCAUCCCUCUGCCUCCCCAGGUUCUUCUUCCAACAACUCUGGCGCACCAAUAUCCGAGUCAACAUCCUCCCACAGCCAAGGGAACAUGAACAAUAUCUCCAGCUCACUUCCCGACAAUUCCCCUUGACUGUGGAGGGAAUUAUUGAAUCGAACAACCCGAAAGGCAUCCAAUCCAUGGAAAUCUACGUGUAUAUGAAGGUGGACAAGAAUUCGGAGGAGGUUCUGGCGGAUAAAAGGAAGACCAACUUGAAUGCCGAGACUUACUUCAAAGAACAGUUUUUGCUGACAAUUCGAAAGGUGAGAAGAGUUGAAAAGAGGAUGGUUUAGAGAGAAGAGAGUGUGUAGAAGAUUUUACGAAAUGUUUUUUUGAUUUUUGAAAUGGUGAAAAUACGAUAAAUCGAUUUUUCUCGAAAAUUUUAGGGUUUUUUGGAAAUUUUUUGAAGUUUGGCGAUUCAUGAAUUCCCAAGUGAUUGAAAAUGAAGUGUAGAGAGACUAAGAGGGCUGUGAAAGAGAUUGCAAUAAAGAUUUUUGAUUUUGGAAAGGGGUAAAAUACGAUAUUUUGAAUUUUUUAUCCAAAAAGUGGGCAAAAUUUGAUAAUUUUUGCAAAUAAGGGUUUAUUUUGGAUUUUUUGAUGGUUAGAAUGUAAUAAAAUUGAAUGAGAAUGUAACUUGAAAGGUUGUAGAAUAUUUUACAAGAGGUUACUUUGAUUUUUUGAAGGUUUAAAUUACGAUGAUCUUGCUGUUUUUGCAAAAAAUUGCAAUUUUUUUUUUAUUUUUUGGAAAAUUUUUCGAUUUAUUUCAAAUUUUUUUAAAUUUCUUGAUAUGAAAAAUUUCCAAAUUUGAUUCUCCAUAUUUUAAAAUGCAAUUUUAUUUAUUAAUUUUUGUUUAGAUGACCGAAAUCACCGUCAAAUUGUACUUUACCGACGCCAACAGCGACCUGAAAAAGCUUUGGAGAGCCGAAAGCGAAGGCCGAUUGGUCGUGAACAUCCCCGAAUUCAAAGAUACUACAUAA